UGAAUGCGCACGAAUUAAAAUACCUUUAAAACCUCUAUUUACAGCGUCGUGUCUUAUAUCAGUAUGCAGAAGCUUUGUGUAUUGUUGUUCCUGUGUACUUUAAUGAUUGAGGAAUCAUAUGCUGGAACCCAAAAUACAUGUGCCACUUCACCAGAUUGUCCACUUUUCCCGAACCAAAACGAUGCCACGGUUUCACUUCAAGAGCUGACACAGAAAGUGCAGUCCAAACACUGGAUCAUGAUCUAUUACUCCGAGUUUGCCGCCAAACAAACGUAUGGAAAAUGUAACUUCAGGUGGAAUGCUCCUGAUUCAGAACAGAAUGUUAACAGGGAGCUGAUGUGUUAUAAUCAUGAAUUGAAGGACUGUGAAGACUAUGCGCAAAAAGUAAAAAGGAUGUCGGAUGACUGCAGCAGAGCAUCUGAGAGUAAUGUUACAAGCAAACUAAUGGAUGCAAAGUUCUUCAGUCAGAAUCUUGACCAGUACUUCUGGUACGAUUCCUGUUAUGAAUACAACGACGCUAACCAGUGCACAAUCCGCUACUUGGAUCUUCUAGUUAGGAAGGAUCGAUACCCUGAUUCGGACGAGAACGACAGUGAACUUGACCUUCAGGGACUACCAUGGCAUCAAAUAGUUUCUGAUCUUAAAAACCACUUCAAUAUGGAAAUCUCGGAUGUGAAAAUGAAGUUUUCGUGGAAAGGACCAGAAUGCGGAUUUGAUGGAAAGAUCAUACAAGAAACAAGCACUGCAACACGAGGAGGGAUUAAUUUCUUGGCAUUGUUUCUCAUUUUGAUAAUAACAUGCAUGUUUUAAAACAUUACCUGUUUGUAAUAUGAUGUAAAUUCUGUUGCUAAGAACAAAACAAAACAGUUUCAAAUAAUGUAAGAAGAGCCAAACUAAAAUUUAGUUUCUUUGUAAUUUUAUUACUGUAAAAUGUGUAAAAAUUACAAGGGUGUAAUUUCGCCUGUUGUCGAGAUCAGAGCGACACGGGAAUUCAAAACCCUAGUGAAUAUUAACAAACAUUAUCUAUGAAGCGCAAAGCUUUAAUAACAUGUAUAUGUCUUUUUGUCCGUAAAAUCUCAAAAAUAAUGUAUACAUUAACUAAAUCUACAGUAAAUAUAUUAGCAAUCAAGGUUCAGAUGGUACAUACCUUUUCUGAUGAUAAUCAUAUAAUAUGACAUGAAUAAUCUUGGAAGGUGUGUCUUUAUUUUUACGAACAGAAUUUAUAUAUUGUAUCACGUGCAUGUUCCUCAUUCAUCAACGUUUUAACAAAAGUUAAAAGAUUUUGCUGUCUUUUUGUUAAAGAAGCACAGACUGUAACGAAACGUUGCAUAAGAGUAACCUUUCCAGCUAUAUGCUGCUGAGCAAAGUGAGAAAGAGCUAUAAACAAUUAAAUAAAUGACAUUGUGAACUAUAUAAUCUAAUUUGCUUUAAAAUCGUUGAUCAACAAGGUUUCCAUACAUGUGGCCCGGGGUAAAUCUUUUCGUUCAUUAUGUUCUCAAAAUUUAUUGCAAGCUUAUGUAUAUGACUGUAAACUAGUGAAACAAUAUCACGUUCUAUACGGACAAUUCACAUUUUUCGAACAUGCCCUUAAUUCAUAGAGACGUGUCUUGUCUUUUGAAUAUGGCAUGCGUCUUCUUGUCCUCCCUAAUGACGUCUGUUGUCAGUAUGUUUAUCAUCUUGCU